CAAGGACUUAAUACAGGCGAAACCCUCUGUGGCGCAGUCGUUGGGAAAAAAAUUUUGAAGCGAUUGCAACGAUCUUUAACCCGGAUGUCGAGUGAUAUAAGGAUAUGAUAUAGCGAGACCACCAGGAGAAGCGUCGAAAUAUCGAACGAAACGGCUCAGCGUGCUGACUGUUGAUGGACAAUGCUGAACGCUGGAAAUUAACAUUCACAGUUGAACAAAUAUGAAAUUCUAUAUGGACUGUCAAGCAAGGAGUCAUUUACAUAUGCGUAUGGACUGUUACGAACACUAAAUGUUUCUUAAAAGAUUAAUUUUCUGCGUGCCCGAGUUUAAGGUUCCUGUUUGGCAUAUUGAGCCAUUGGUAAACGAUUAUUAAACUUCAUAAUAACAACCUGGUCAUUUACAAGUACGUCAAUCGAUGUCUUGGCAUUGUUUUAAACAACAAGUUGCAGGGAACCGUUUGGUAAAGUCGAGACAUCGGAUAAUUCGUUUGUUCAUGGUUUGCAGCCACUGAUCGCGUCGCAGAAUUUCAAGUUCAAUGAAAGAAACAUAAAAAUUUAGCAUGGAGUCUAAGACGGCCUGCUCUUCGGAAGGAGAUAUUUAGUGAACUAUACAUGGCGAGGCGUGUUCACUUCAACAACGAAUUACACAAAAAGCAUCGUAUUGUAUUAAACGUAAGCGGACAACGGUAUACGACAGAAAGGAAGUGUUUACAAAGACAUCCACAUACUCUUCUCGGAAGCGAGAUGUUAACCAGGUUUUUUGAUCCUAUUAAGAAGGAAUAUUUCUUCGAUAGAGACCCACAUUUGUUUCGAUACAUAUUGAAUUUUUACCAACGCGGGAAGCUUCACUCAUCGCCCGACGAUUGUCCCGUUGCUUUUAAGGACGAGCUCGACUUUUUCGGGAUUCCUAUUUGUGAACUCGAGGACUGUUGCUGGUACACAACAAACACUGAUGAGAAAGAAAAACACCCGUGUCACUACGCCGUGAGGAAAGCUAGCAUGAAGGCGGUACAUUCUGGUAAUUACCUCGAUUGGAAUAAACGAGAAAAUAAACAAGGGAUUAUUAAAAGAAAGAAGAUUCGCGCGACGAGGUCAAAAAACUUUACACAACCUAGUAGAAGCCCAAAUCAUGUACCAAUGACAGAGAAACGAUGCGGCAACACACGACAAAAUUCGGAUAAGAGAGCUGAAUUUAUACGGGCGAAACACUCUGAAGAGAGUGAAAACUCAACAGAAAAGUGCUCGAGUACACGCAAGUGUGAAAUAAAUUGCAGAUGCCAACCACAUAAGUCCAAAAUAGCACAACGAUUAUUUUAUUUUUUGUAUGGGUUGUUCAUAGUUCUAAGCGUGGCUACCACAACGGUGGAGACAAUUGACUGCGAGGAUGGCGUGAAAUGUUUAGAGCUCUAUCCCGACUUGUUCUUCGCCUUUGACGCCACCUUUGUGGCUGUAUUCACCGUAGAAUUCCUCAUACGAUUCGCUUGGUCAAAGAAACGCUGUGCAUUCAUGAAAGAUUUCUUCAAUGUGAUAGAUUUACUUGCAAUAUUGCCCUACUAUAUAUCGCUCAUUGCGACGCAGUUCGUAACUACCGACAGCGUUACGCUUUUAAUAACCCUACGUGUUCUACGUGUCGCGCGGAUAAUGAAAUUAACCAGAGGCUCUACGAGAUUGAAGUCUUUGCUCUAUACCCUAAGAAACUGCUCAACAGAUCUGCUGUUUUUGUACUUCACGUUCACCCUAGGGAUAUUGCUGUUUGGGAGUGUGUUGUACUUUGUGGAAAGUGGGGAAGAUUUCCGGAGUAUUCCUCAUUCCCUCUGGUACACUUGCGUGACGAUGAUGACUACCGGGUAAGGCAACAUUACAGUUAAUUGAAGUUGAAUAAAUCAUCAUAUAUUAAUCUAAGAUCUAUCAAAUCCAUAUUUACUAUUGGUAUAACUGAUAGUCAUUCAAAUUGGGUUAUUUUCGACUCAGCGCGGCAAUAACACCAGGUUUUUGAGUUGAACUACGUUGGAGCAAAAUAAAACUUAGCAGGGAGACCUUGCCGAGCAAUGACUCGACUUGCGUUAUACGACCUGUUCUAGUCGGGCUAAAGCCUAUCCACAAAUUACUAGGAUGUGUCUACAGCUAUUUGCAAAUUUUGCCCUUUUUAUAUGAAGUUAAGUUUAGCACGACUAAAUUGAAUUGAACGUUUAAAACAACUGCUGAAUCCCGGAGCUGACUGAUCAAUUUUAUUUGAGCUUCUAAAAACUUCAUCAAGAUGCUUUGACAAGGCCUAAGGUGAUAUAAUUUUAAUCGGCUGCAAACACAGUCUUAGUAGUAUACCAACCGAAACAUUUCAUGACGUUUUGUACUAAGUUUUUUCAAGUUUUACUUUAGACAUCGAUCGGGUAAACCUAUUACGAGCAAACUACCGGUCUAUGUGGUGCAAUUGUGUUUUGAGUCAAAGAACGUUUAUCUUGUUUUGCUCAACAGGAAAAUUCCUUAAUGUUACAUCCCCUAAGGGCAUAGACAAUGUGGUUUUUUAGUGGGCAUUCGAUAUUUUUCUUGCGCUCAAAACAAGAGUUUUACCAAUAGCUUCUCAUUCACUUUAACUAAAAAGCCCGGUUAGAGACCCACACAAUGAAAACCUACAUCUAUGUCCAUUUACGCUUUGGUUGAAAACUGGUUGCUAGGUAACAUUACAGACACAGGUUUUGCGUGUGUUGCCGUAAUGAUCAGUUUCUCGGAUGUAUUUCGUAUUUGUGGUGGAGUUAUCGACAGUAACUGAUCAAAAUAAAUGUCACGCGAUCAUUCCAUUCACAAAAAAAAAAGUGUUUUUUUUUAAAUUUUUUAUUUCCAUAGCAAAAUAUUUGAAAUAACACAAAACUAGAAGCGUCUGGCUGAGAUACAAAGUUAAUUCAAAAGCUUUUUAAUACUUUUUUUUAUUUUUUAUUUCCAUAGCAAAAUAUUUGAAAUAACACAAAACUAGAAGCGUCUGGCUGAGAUACAAAGUUAAUUCAAAAGCUUUUUAAUACUUGAGUCGAUACUUAUCGUUUACGAUAGCAGCUUUGAUAUUUGCUCUUUUCAUUUAAGAAUCCAAAAACUCAUAGGCGCCAGUGAUAUUAUCCCAACGUGACAACCCAUAAAUUAACCCAAAAUUUUGAACACCUUCCAUUUUUUACGUGAAUGGGAAAUUACAUAAAGGCGGUCGCUAUUUUACCUGUUUACAUAUUCUUAAUUCUAUUUUAGUAUUUAUUCAAUGUUUUCACGUGUCAGUAAUAUUUCCUUCUUCAAAUGACGAUGUUUCAAUUUUAGAUCGUUUACCAAUUCCUGUUACCAUCUGAAAGUGAUUGGGGCAGCUGUCUCAAGCAUGAUGUCAAAAGAGAAAAAAAAGUCCAAAAAGACUUCAUAAAGCUUAGGGAAAUUAUCGUGUUUUGACUAAUGGGCAUCAGAACAGAUCGGCAAACAGUCUGGUAGCCAAAUUUUAAAAACAAAUUAAUAGUCUGCUAGGAAAGUUAUUCAUUGUUUUCUCCGGAGAAAAAUAAAACAAAUAAAUGAGUUCUGGAAUAUUCAAGAAACGACAACAAAUGAAUUAUAGGUUUUCUGUGAAAACUAUCGUGAGAAAGUUUUCUCUCGACAGUUAAUACUGGUGCUCUCUCAGAUCUACUAAAAGCAAAAACACCGAGAUAGAGUACCAUUAAGUAUUUUAAAUAAUGCUAAUGUAGGUUUUAUUUAUAGAAGGUAAGAUUUGACAGUGGCAGAAACAAAGAUAGAUCUAAAGCCCUCUUUAAAUAACCUCAAAAAAUUAAACCAAAUCGAAAGAAUAAGCAGUGAGGAAGCAGAUUAAUUGGCUAUUUAUAAGCGUGGUUGAGGAUUUGAAGCCAUGAUUUCCCUCAAUCAAAACAAGAUUCGAACCCAGGACCUCCGCAUUGCGAGCGUGACGGUCUCACCACUCGAUUACGCUGUCUGUAUCUUAAGUAACUUUGUACAUUUUCUUUGAAAAAGAAGGGGAAAAAAAACCUUCCAAGGUCGCUUAAACCAGAAAACUGGAAACCCAUCCAUCUAUAUUCAAACAAACUUUGAAAUUAAUCCUCGAUUCUCUUGGAUUGCUUCAGUGCGCUCUGUGACUGCCUCAAAAACUUAUCAAGCAAUCGGGUUCCAACUUGCUUUUCAUUGACUGCUUGUACAUUUUGCUUUGUUCUGACUGGCCCAUGAGGUCAUAUUGAUUUUGGUUUUCGACCCCGAGUCGAACAGCGCUCAACAAUCAAUUUUGCCACGCACCGCACGCAGUCUUUACUGUAGCUAAACAAACAAACUAUUUGUCCUUUUGUUUUACUUUAUUUCGCAGGUAUGGUGACGUUGUACCUGUAUCAGUAUUAGGGAAGGUAAUUGGUGGAAUGUGCUGUGUAUGUGGUGUGGUAAUAAUGUCACUCCCAAUUCCUAUUAUGCAAGACAAAAAGGUUAUAGUGCAGAAUUGAGAGGAAAGCGCCGAUAUUUUAAGAUUUAUACCAUUUAUUAAAUUAAAAUAACUAAGAAUUUCAGCUUAUGACCGCAUUAACUACCAGACUCAGAGCAAAAAUGAGUUGGGCCUGCUGAUCAAUCACGCACAAGUGAGCGGAGCUGAAGAGCACCGUCGUCCAUAGGUUGUCUUUGCUAAAGUAAAUAUCGAAAAAUUUUUCUUUGAUGAAUGGAAUCUCCAAGGAAAAGUUGUAAGCGUCACACAUGGAUAUGGAAUUAAACUUGAAACGUCAUGCAGUCUUGCAAAAUCAGAUUCUGAAAUACUUACAGUUCUCUCAAAAAGACGUGACCUGUAUGCGUGCUGUUUUGGUGGUCUAGAGGCUGCUACAGCAUUUAACCCUUCACAUCCUAACAUCAAUAUGCAUAUUCUCCACACUGUUUCUUAUACAUUUCCUAAGGUGCUGACAAGGAGAAUUUGCUUGCCAAUCAUAAGGUUCCUUCCCUGGUGAUCAUUUCCUUUAUUCUCAUUAUCUCAAUGUGUGAUUCAGGAGUGAUAUUGUAGGGAGAAUUUGGAUGCUGGUCACUCCUGGGGAAGAAAGGGUUAAAGAAGGGUAUACAAAUACCCCGUCUAGACCAGAGGCAUUUAAAAGGAAAGGGAUA